AUGGCAAUCCAGUUCCGUUCCCUUUUCCCCUUGGCAUUGCCUGGGAUGCUGGCACUCCUUGGCUGGUGGUGGUUUUUCUCUCGUAAAAAAGAACACAUUGGCACUCAUAGCAAGCAGGUGCAGGCCAGUGCUGUGGAACUAAGACCAGACCCUGCCACUGAGGAACUGCACCUUGUGGAAGAUGCAUGUCCCAGAGUCGUGUCAACACCCCCCAGUGUCACACAGCCACCAGAAAAUGAACUGUCCGCCAUAAAUAAGCCUUCUGUGGAGCCCCCAGCCUUGCUGCGGGCACAUCAAAUCGCUCGUAGAUCAGAGUCCUCAGGCAGCAUUCAUAACACCACAGACAUGAGAAUUCGACUAGGAACACGCAAAGAUGACAAUGGAAAGCUGGAAUUACCCUUAACUUGUGAUGAAGCAAAGUCCAUUCCUCUAGAGUGUCCCCUUUCAUCCUCAAAAGGGGUACUGUUCCCCCACGAAGCAGUCGAAGUAUGUAAGCGAGAGCCUGUGUUCAGAAGGAUGCCAGGGAGGGCCCGGCCGGGUCAUUCUGCAGAGAAAAGUGGCCCUGGGGAGAAGGUGAGGGAGGUAGGGCGGGCAGAAGGCACUGGUGAUGCAGUGUUGGGAGAGAAUGCGCUUGAAGAAGGUGUGUUGUCCCAGGAGCAUAACUCUGAGUUGGAGAGCAGCAAAGUGCCCAGCCUGGCUCCUUUGGGAGGCGGGGAAGAGAAAGGAAAGACCAGCUUGCCUCAGGGGGCUGUGCCAGUGCAGAAGGAAGAUUAUACGGUAGGGGAGUUGUUAAGUAGCUUCCCUGAGUCAGCUCAUGCCAAGCUGGAAAAGGGUGAGGAGGUGCCAACACCUGGGGUCAGAGGUGACAAGACCCAGGACGGAGACCUCAUAGGAGAAGUGGGCAAAGGGGAGAUGGCAGAUAAAAAUGAGAAGCUUGAGCAAGCAGCCUUCCAGAUCAUCUCCAAAGUCAUCUUGGAGGCAACCGAAGAAGUCCGGGCCACCACAGUGGACAAGGGUAUGGGUCAGGUAUGUCAGGCCUCGGACAGUGAGCUCCAAGGGCCAGAGCUGGAGAGCUGUGCUCUGGUCAGCCAGGAAGCUGUCCUUGGACAAGACGCUGUGGAGCCCACUGUGACGACGGCAGAGGCAGCCGUGGGCAUGUUGGAUGCUGCCCUGCCAUCCUUAGACCCACCAGCAGAGGAGGACCUGUCCCCACCAAAGACCUACGUGAGCUGCCUACAGAGCCCUCUGUCCAGCCCCACCAGGGACAGUAAACCACCCAGGAACUCUGCGCACCAUAUCUCCCUGGCCCCCUGCCUGUCACGGGCCACCCCCGUCGGAGAGUCGCAAGAUGAAGCAAACAUCCUGGUGGAAGAAGCCAGCUGUGUCUCCUGCAUGUCAGACAGCAGCCAGGGUGUCCCGUCUGUGGGCUUCUUGGGCCAGUGCUCAGAUUCUGCCAGCGCUUCAGGGCUCGAAGACUCUUGCACAGACACCAACUCGAGCCCCAGGGACAAGGACAUCACCCCGUCAUUGCCAGAAAGUACUGUGUCCUUCAGCAAUGGGGUGCUGAAGGAGGAGUUGUCAGACUUGGGGGCUGAGGAUGGAUGGAGCAUGGAUGCAGAAACAGACCAUUCGGGAGGUUCUGAUGGGAACAGCAUGGACUCAGUGGAUAGCUGCUAUAGUCUCAGGAAGACCGAUGAUUUCCACAGUGCCCAGGCAGGCUCUGACCCCAAGAAGGUCGACCUCAUCAUCUGGGAGAUCGAGGUGCCAAAGCACUUAGUUGGUCGGCUAAUUGGCAAGCAGGGGCGGUAUGUGAGUUUUCUGAAGCAAACAUCUGGUGCCAAGAUCUACAUUUCAACCUUGCCCUACACCCAGAACAUCCAGAUCUGCCACAUAGAAGGAUCUCAGCAUCAUGUGGACAAAGCGCUGAACUUGAUUGGGAAGAAGUUCAAAGAGCUGAACCUCACCAAUAUCUACGCGCCCCCACUGCCUUCACUGGCACUGCCUUCUCUACCAAUGACCUCCUGGCUCAUGCUCCCCAAUGGCAUCACUGUGGAGGUGAUCGUGGUCAAUCAGGUCAAUGCCGGGCACCUGUUUGUGCAGCAGCACACACAUCCUACCUUCCAUGCGCUGCGCAGUCUGGACCAACAGAUGUACCUCUGCUACUCUCAGCCCGGGACCCCCACCUUGCCCACUCCAGUAGAAAUAGCGGUGAUCUGCGCUGCUCCUGGUGCAGACGGUGCCUGGUGGCGAGCCCAGGUGGUUGCCUCCUACGAGGAGACCAGUGAAGUCGAGAUUCGCUAUGUGGACUAUGGUGGAUAUAAGCGGGUGAAGGUAGAUGUGCUCCGGCAAAUCAGGUCAGACUUUGUGACUCUCCCGUUCCAGGGAGCAGAAGUCCUUCUGGACAGUGUGAUGCCCCUGUCAGAUGAUGAGCACUUCUCACCUGAAGCAGAUGCAGCUAUGAGCGAGAUGACCGGAAACACAGCCCUGCUUGCUCAGGUGACAAGUUACAGUUCAACUGGCCUCCCUCUGAUUCAGCUGUGGAGUGUGGUUGGAGAUGAAGUGGUGUUGAUAAACCGGUGGCUGGUGGAGAGAGGACUUGCGCAGUGGGUAGACAGCAGCUACACAAGCCUUUGA